CCGACACCGUCUCAUUUCCACGUUUUUUCCCCACAUUUAUCCGCACUUUCCCCCCAAGCCCCCGGUACAGGAUGAAGUGCAGUUAUGGCAAGAAGUAGCAAGUCAGUAGCGCGGACCCUGGAGGAUUUGACGCUCGACUCUGGUUAUGGUGGAGCCGCGGACUCGUUCAGAUCUUCCAGUGCGUCGCUGUGCUGCUCCGAGGCGCAUGGAGGGAACUACUGGCAUUUAACCGACUCGAUGCACAGUCGCCACAACAGUCUGGACACGGUCAACACGGUCCUGGUCGAAGACACCGAGAUCCUGGAGUGCAGCGGGCAGUGCGCGAAACUACCCGAGCUUGAGGAUGUGCCGUGGAGCCUCGGGGAAGUGGCGAGCGCACUGAACAAGGACGAGGAGAUGAGCCUCCCGACCCCUCCGCAGGACGUCCUGCAGCGGCUGUCACUGCUCAUCAGCCGCGUCUUGGUCAGAGUGGCUAAAGAAGCGCAGCGCUUAAGUUUGCGCUAUGCCAAAUGCACCAAAUACGAGAUCCAAAGUGCCAUAAAGAUGGUUCUGUCCUGGAGCGUGGCGCUGAGCUGCACCAGCGCGGCCCUCAGCGCCCUGUCCCUGUACAACAUGAGCACAGAGGAGGACAAGUUCAGCCGGGGCAAGUCUGCGCGCUGCGGCCUCAUCUUUAACGUGGGCCGGUUCUUCAGGUGGAUGGUGGACGGCAGAGUGGCGCUGAGGAUCCACGAGCACGCGGCCAUCUACCUGGCCGCGUGCAUGGAGAGCCUGUUCCGUGAGGUUUACGCGCGGGUGCUGCGCAGUGCGCUUCUGGAGAGGGACAACGGGAUCCCCAAGUUUACAGUGGAAGUCCUGGAGCAAGCCAUCAACGGAGACGCGGAGAUAUGGGGCUCCCUGCAGCCCUGGCAGCACCUGAUCUGCGGAAAAAGCGCAAACGGUGUGUUGAGUUUACCGGAGGGUCUGCCGCUGCACAGGGACCAGCCGGUCAGAGUGGGGAAGAGCACAGAGGCCAGCGUCCACACUCAGGCCGAACUGCGCUCCAUGGAACAGUGUUUACUGUCCAGCAGAGUGGGCAGCAUCUCUGAGCUCAGUGACCUGUUGUCUCGGGCCAUGCUCUACCUCCAGCCUCUGUACACCAAAAACCAGAACAACGGCACGCCCAUCCACCAGAAGAACAGCCUGCUCCACUGGGCUCCCGAGGCCAUCUACACACUCUGUUACUUCAUGCACUGCCCCGAGAUGGAGUGGGAGAACCCCAACGUGGAGCCCUCCAAGGUCACGCUACAGACGGAACGGCCGUUCAUGGUGCUGCCUCCGCUGAUGGAGUGGGUGCGUGUUGCUGUGGUGCACACGGAGCACAGGCGCAGUUUUUCCGUGGACAGCGAUGAUGUGCGGCAGGCGGCUCGGCUGCUGCUGCCCGGAGUCGACUGUGAGCCGCGCCAGCUCAGAACCGAUGACUUCUUCUGCGCCUCGAGGAAACUGGAUGCGGCCUCCACGGAAACCAAGUUCCUGCAGGACCUGGGCUUCCGCAUGCUCAACUGCGGCCGCACGGAUCUGGUCAAACAAGCGGUCAACCUGCUGGGCCCCGACGGCAUCAACAGCAUGAACGAGCAGGGGAUGACUCCGCUCAUGUACGCCUGUGUCCGGGGAGACGAGGCCAUGGUGCAGAUGCUGCUCGACGCCGGGGCUGAUAUUAACAGUGAGGUGCCAAACUCAGUGCACAAGCAUCCCUCAGUGUUCCCUGAAACGCGGCAGGCCACGCCCCUCACUUUCGCUGUGUCACACGGACAUGUGCCUGUGGUGCAGCUGCUGUUGGACGCUAAAGCCAACGUGGAGGGCUCCCUACAGGACGGGACGGAGAACUACACGGAGACCCCUCUGCAGCUGGCGGCGGCGGCAGGUAACUUCGAGCUGGUGAGUCUGCUGCUGGAGCGAGGAGCAGACCCCAUGGUGGGCACGAUGUAUCGGAACGGCAUCUCCACGGCGCCGCAGGGAGACAUGAACUCCUACAGCCUGGCGGCGGCGCACGGGCACAGAAAUAUCUUCCGGAAGUUGCUGUCCCACACGGAGAAGGAGAAAGGAGACGUGCUGUCUUUGGAGGAAAUUCUCGCAGAGGGUUCGGACCUGGAGGGUCGAAGUCCCACUCAGAUCGAUCUGAUCCGCAGCGGAAAAGCCCGACUCAAAGCUCUGAAAGAAGCGAUGUACCACAGCUCAGAGCACGGCCACGUGGACAUCACCAUCGACAUCCGCAGCCUGGGUGUCCCGUGGACGCUGCACACUUGGCUGGAGUCUCUUCGUACCUGUUUCCUUCAGCACAGACGACCUUUGAUCCAGGGUCUUCUGAAGGAGUUCAGCUGCAUCGAGGAGGACGAGUACACGGAGGAGCUCGUGACAGACGGACUGCCCCUUAUGUUCCAGAUCCUCAGAGCCAGCAAGAAUGAGGUGAUCAGCCAGCAACUCGCCGCCAUUUUCACCCAGUGUUACGGCCCCUACCCCAUCCCCAAACUGGUGGAGAUUAAGAGGAAGCAGUCAUCACGCUUGGAUCCUCACUUCCUGAACAACAAAGACAUGUCUGACGUGACCUUUCUGGUUGAGGGAAAACCCUUUUAUGCCCACAAAGUGCUGCUGUUUACAGCCUCAAACAGGUUCAAGACUCUUUUGGCAAACAGGCCGUGCGGGGAGAACACUUGCAUUGAAAUCAGCAACGUGAAAUAUCAUAUUUUUCAGAUGGUAAUGCAGUAUCUUUACUAUGGAGGCACUGAAGCUUUGCACAUAAGAAAUACUGACAUUAUGGAGCUCCUGUCCGCUGCCAAGUUCUUCCAGUUGGAGGCGCUGCAGAGACACUGUGAGAUCAUCUGCUCCAAGAACAUCAACACCGAGACUUGCGUGGAGCUCUACAACCACACCAAGUUCCUCGACGCUCCAGACUUGGCGUCCUACAUCGAAGGCUUUUUCUUGAAAAACAUGGUGAUCCUCAUCGAGCUGGAGCCGUUCAAACAGCUGCUCUACGACUCCACCCCCGACAGCCCCGCCUGCGAAAUUCUGCACGAUCUGGAGAAGACGCUCGCCAUCCGGAUCCAGUCCAUUCACCUGUCGUCCUCCAAAGGGUCCAUCGUCUGAGCUACUGCAG